AUGGCUUCCUCCUUCGUCCUAAGCAUGUGCGGUUUAGCUGAAUCCAUGCACCAAAGUGCUCCAAAAAGACCUAUUCAAGGAUCAAACAUGCACAUAGUUGAGAGGGAACCAAGUGUUGAGAAAGGAUCAAGACUUGAGAAACCAAGACCUGAUAGGCCAAGAGCUUAUCGCCUUGUUCAUGCGCCUUGUGUACUUGAUGAAGAGAGCCUUCAAGCUUUGUUUGAUGAGCCACUAGGAAGGGCUCAAAAGGAAGGGGAGGAUGCAGCCUCUAAGGCACGACCAGGUGACAAGAGAAAAGAUCCACCAGCUCAUGCCUCUUCAAACAAUCCAUCUCAACUCACAUCUCAGCUUACUAUAACCUUGUUUUCCACCAAGUUUGAAGAUGGGAAGAUUGAGUACAUAAUAAGGUACAACAGAAGAUCAAGACCAUUCUAUAGAGCUAGAGCCUUGAUCACCUCUGAGCAGUCCAGGGACCCAACCAAGAUGAAAGAACUACUCUAA